CAUAAGCUCACACAGUCGAAACAAAAGUCCCAAGAUCUGCUUUCAUAUGGCAAUUCUUCUUCGCAUUCAGAAACAAAACAAGCCCCACCGACAACAGCCCCUUCCUUGAUUGUCUCCACCUUCAUUUUUUUUUUAAACCAAUCUCUGUACUUCAACACAGUGCAACCUCCACAGCUCAUCUUUCUCCUCAGUUCAGUGCACCCAUUAGCCACCAACUAACAAAACCAGCCCCAUUACCUAAUCAUUUUGCCUUCUCCCUUCUUUAUAAAAAAAAACUUCAAAACCCAAAAAAAAAAAAAAAAAAACUUGAGACCCAUUUCUUACCCUUUUCGUCGAUGGCUGCUUUGCCAUCAGAUGGGGAGAUGAGGGAGAAGAAGAGGAUCUUGGUUACUGGAGGUGCAGGGUUCAUUGGGACCCACACUGUGCUUCAGCUUCUCAAAGGGGGUUUUCUGGUGUCCAUCAUCGAUAACUUCGAUAACUCUUGUGAGGAAGCAUUGGAGCGGGUUAGAGAUCUUGCUGGCCCUGAUCUCUCACAAAAUCUCCAAUUUUACUUGGGAGAUCUAAGGAACAGGGAAGAUUUGGAAAGGGUCUUCUCCGAAUCAAGAUACGAUGCUGUAAUUCAUUUUGCUGGACUGAAGGCUGUUGGUGAGAGUGUGGCAAAGCCUCUCCUUUAUUACAAUAACAAUAUGAUCGGGACGAUACAUUUAUACGAGUUUAUGACAAAAUAUGGCUGUAAAAAGAUGGUAUUUUCUUCAUCUACUACGGUUUAUGGGCAACCUGAAAAAAUUCCAUGUGUCGAGGACUCUGAACUAAAUGCACUUAAUCCUUAUGGUAGGACUAAGUUAUUUCUUGAGGAUAUGGCCCGAGACAUUCAGCAUGCUGACCCAGAAUUUAGAGUUAUAUUGUUGAGAUACUUCAACCCUGUAGGAGCUCAUGAAAGUGGCCAAAUUGGUGAAGAUCCAAAGGGUAUUCCGAAUAACUUGAUGCCUUACAUCCAACAAGUUGCUGUAGGAAGACGACCUGUAUUAAAUGUAUAUGGCGAUGAUUACCCAACGAAGGAUGGCACUCCGAUUCGGGAUUAUAUUCAUGUCAUGGAUGUGGCUGAUGGUCAUAUAGCAGCCCUGAGGAAACUUUUUGCUGAAGAAAAUAUCGGCUGUAUUGCGUACAAUUUGGGAACCGGAUUUGGAACAUCUGUGCUUGAAAUGGUUGCAGCAUUUGAAAAGGCAGCUGGGAAGAAAAUUCCCAUCAAGAUGUGCCCGAGGAGGCCAGGAGACGCUACGGAAGUAUAUGCUUCUACCGAGAAAGCCCAAAAAGACCUUGGUUGGAGUGCAAGAUACGGCAUAGCGGAGAUGUGCAGGGAUCAAUGGAAUUGGGCCAGCAAGAAUCCGUAUGGUUACCAAUCCCAACCACCAGAGUCUUAGAACUCAGGAUUAACAUCCUGCAUCACUGAACUCCCGAAUCUACAAAAUUAUAUUAAUUGCUUUGCUACAAAUAUGAUACAAAAACAAUGAGUUGGAACCUUCUUUUCCUUGCGUGACAAUUCUUUCUCCUGUUCAGUUAUGUGGAAUGAAUACGUAGUUAUGUAACAUGGUCUUUUGCAUGU